CGCGGCCGCCAUUUUGUUCUGCGGUGCUGGUAUUUAGAGCGCAGCGGCUGACGAGCCGGGUCGCCUUCCCCGCCACCUGUCCGCCCGCUUGCGCGCCCGCCCGCCGCCCGCGCCCGCCUCGGUCCGCUGAGCUCGCCCCCUGCCCACCCGCAGACAUGUCCGAGGCCAAGAACAACCCCGAGUAUGCCGCGUUUUUCGCCGUCAUGGGCGCCUCGUCCGCCAUGGUCUUCAGCGCCCUGGGUGCUGCCUAUGGCACGGCCAAGAGUGGCACCGGCAUCGCCGCCAUGUCUGUCAUGCGGCCAGAGAUGGUCAUGCGGUCCAUCAUCCCUGUGGUCAUGGCUGGCAUCAUCGCCAUCUACGGCCUGGUGGUAGCCGUGCUCAUCGCCAACUCCCUCACCGACGACAUCAGCCUCUACAGGAGCUUCCUCCAGCUGGGCGCCGGCCUGAGUGUGGGCCUCAGCGGCCUGGCUUCGGGCUUUGCCAUCGGCAUUGUCGGGGACGCCGGCGUGCGGGGCACUGCCCAGCAGCCCCGGCUGUUUGUGGGCAUGAUCCUGAUCCUCAUCUUCGCCGAGGUGCUCGGCCUCUACGGCCUCAUCGUGGCCCUCAUCCUGUCCACAAAGUAGCGCCCGAGCCGCCAGCCCACGGAUGACGUGACGGAAAGACCACCACCCUCAUUCCAGAAUGAACAACCCGACACAUGCAGCUGCCCCCUCAGUAGUUGGUCUUGUAAAUGCGCAGUGUCCUAGUGCCCAUCGUCUGUUGUCCCGCCCCGCCCCCUGUGCUGUGGACACCCAGGCCCCGGCCGCCCCGCGCAUCCGCCCUCGAGUGCUGUGUUUGAGGAUCAAUUGCGGUUGUCAUUUCUCUCCACUGGAUGUUAUUUAUAAAGAUUUGACCCGUUCACACGUGUGUGGAGCAGCCCUGCCUCCCAGCUCUAGUCACCUUAGCUCGUGUCGCCUCGUGGGGCCUGUCCGCCGACACUGGCGUGGGGGAGCCCGCCCGCCGGCCGCGCUCCUGGCUGGGGGCCGCGGGCCGGGCCUGCCCAGGCCGGCGCUGUGUCCAAUAAAGCUCUCGGAUGUGACUGGA